CGCGAUUGGGAAUGACGUUUCGUAUGUGAGAAUUUCGUUAUUUCUUUGUUUAUUUUAUUAUUUUCAGUUAUUUUUCGUGGAAACAAUGUAAUUUUCAGUGCGGUGUGUUCAGCUUUUUAUUUUAUUGUGUUGUUUUUCACUAAAAUGAAGGUGAUUGAGGCAAAAAUCGUUGUAUUAGGAUCACAAGGAGUGGGCAAAACCAGCCUGGUCGUCCGCUACAUCGGCAAGAUGUUCUCCAAGCACAUAUCGCCCACCAUCGGGGCCUCCUUCUUCACCUGCAACAUCAAUGUCGACGAGGCCAGGGUCAAACUUCAGGUGUGGGACACAGCAGGCCAGGAAAGGUUCCGCUCCAUGGCUCCGAUGUACUACAGGAACGCCAACGCAGCGCUGUUGGUGUUCGACAUCUCCAGCGCCAGCAGCUUCCAGGCUAUCAAAAGCUGGGUUCGGGAGCUACAGAGUAACGUGCCAGAGCCAAUGGUGCUGUCUCUGGUCGGCAACAAGUGCGACCUCACCUCAUGCAGGGCGGUGACUGAAGACGAAGCUACCCAGUAUGCAGCUUCUAUAGGAGCGUUGUACUGCGAGACAUCCGCCCUGCAUGACCAGGGCAUCGACCACGUGUUCCUGAGCACGGCGUCAGCCCUCCUCAAGCUGUCGGCCACGACCCUCAUGUCUUCCCUGCGCUCCUACGACUCCGCUGACGGAGACUCGGACCGAGUGCCUAUGGGUAAUCCAACGGAAGAAGCAGCCACCCACACGGGGAAGGUGGAGCUGCCAGCGUGGAGUAUCACCAGUAUUGCCCACGGGGAGACGCAGAAGACCAUGUGCUGUUAGCCCAGCGCUGGACGCCCACUGUUGGGCUUGACUGGCCGUCAGACUAGGCGGCAAGAGUGUACUGCCGUCUUGGGAUGUUUCAGGGUACCGAACAAAGCAUAUUUAGUGAAUGUUCCCGCCAGUAAAAAGGCGUAAAACUUAAACAAAAAGGCAGAUAAGAUCAGAGUACAGUCACGAGCAAUAUAAUGUACCCACUUUAGGACUCUGUCGCACUAACAUAUUUGACAUUUAGUGAGACUUACAGUUCAACUUGUCAAAAAAGUUAAUGUGACAUAGUACCAAAGUGUAUACAUAUUAAUGCUCGUGACCGUACAAGAAAGAAAAAUUUGAAAAAAAAUAGCAGCCAGUGUAUAUUGAAGAGUUUUUACAACAGGAAUGUUCCCACUUUGGGUACAUCCCGGGAACGGCGCACGAGUAAUAGUGUUUGUAUACUGUAUGUCCGUUAUUCUAUAAUAAAUGCUCCACCCACGUUUCCAAAAGUCAGGGACUCCAUAGUCCCGAGUCUCGGGAUAUGGAAAGGACAAACAUAAUACAGGCUGUUAGUGACAUCGUAACGAAAACUUUGAGGGAUGAUUCAGACCAUGAUUCUGAGUCGAUAUCAAGUGGAUUUUUCCGUCGCAAAAAUCAUGUAUUUUUUUUAGUUUUUGUAAAUUAUUUUCAAUUCUAUACUUUUGCGAUGGAAAAUUCCACUUGAUAUUAACUCAGAAUAAUCAGCUGAAUCAUCCCUCUCAGUAUUCGUUACGAUGUCACUUACACCCCGUACAAGUACAUACGGUAGCCAUACAAGUAGGUAUGGGUGUUAAUGACACCGUAACGAAUAUUGAGGGGGAUGAUUCAGACCAUGAUUCUGAGUUGAUAUCAAGUGGAAUUUCCUGUCAAAAAAUUCAUGAAUUUUUUGUGUUUUUUUUUAAUUAUUUUCCUAUCCAUACUUUUGCGACGGAAAAUUCCACUUGAUAUCAACUCAGAAUUAUGGUCUGAAUCAUCCCUCAAAGUUUUCGUUACGAUGUCACUAACACCCUGUAUAUUAACUGCGCGUUGAAAAUAAUAACCUGGGGGUUUAAAAUGGCCACAUCGAAGCAAUUCACCUAAGAAAGCAAUAUUGCUAUUUGACAUUUGUUCGCAUUGCGCACUUAUUUUUAUAUGCGCAAAUGUCAGAUUGCAACAUUGCUUUUUUAGAUGAAUUGCUUCGAUAUAGCCAUUUUAACCCUCUUGUUUAAACUAUGAUAUGAUCGUUGAAGUAUGAAUGUUAUUGUAAUAAUUAUUAAAUAAUAAAUACUGCUCAAUUUAUCAUAAUAAUAAUUAAGUAAGUAUAAUUAAUAAUGUAUGUAUGUUAUCUUGUUUACUUAAUAUUUUUUUAUUAAAAUGUCAUUAAUAUUAAUAAUGUUCAUCAUCAUAAAUUUAAGAGCCACGCUCUUGUCGGUGUAGCAUUUUCCAUUCCAGUCUAUCAAAGGCCAAUUCCUUGACUUCCCUAUAAGUCACGACGUUAACCUUUUCUUUAAUCUGUUCCAUGUAAGCUCUUCUUGGUCUUCCCCUUCCUCUUUCCUUCUAGCUUUCCUUGAAAUGAAAUGAAAUUUAUUGUCAUAAAUGUGGUGAGUAUAUCGAUGGAAGUAAAGCUUAUAGCGCUCAGCACAUUUAGUCAUGUUGUGACAUACAAUAAUGACUACUAAAAAAUAUUACAAAAACACUUAUCUAUAUAAAAAAAAAGAAAAAAAAAACCUAUUUAUAAACUGAAAAACUCACUUAAGCUAUAAAACUGCUUGCCCUUUAACCACUUUUUGAGUUGGGAUCUAAACUUUAGAUGGGUUAGCUCUUUAAUAUGGGACGGAAUGGCGUUAUAUGUUCUCACACACAUAGAAUGAAAUUUUUUAUAAUAAACUGUAGUUCUAGGAGUAAACUCAUUGAGUUUAUUUGGAUUUCUAAGAUUUAGCCCAUGGAUCUCCCCUGAUGUCUUAAACAAAUCUUUGUGUGUGUGUGCAAAGAGAGCCAGUUCAUAUAUGUACAUUGAAGGAAGCGUAUGAUGGUAGUGUAUGAUGUUUUUAAUAAAUUUGUCGUGUCUUAUUAGGUGUCCAAUCAUCUUGCCUCUUCUGUCCUCAAUAAUUCUCACUAACUUAACUAACAGAUGUCACUGACACCCUGUAUUCAUUCCUAAUCUUGUCCAUUCUGUCCACACCACCCUUCACGUUUUUAAUUUACGAUGUCAAGUUUAAAUUAAAUUAAAUUUUGGGCAGAUUCGAGGUCACUACGUAUAGUCAUAUCAUUACAUUAUUUUUUAAUUACAAUUUUAAGAACGCAAAUGUUCGAUGGUAAGAAUUUAUUAAUUUCUUUGUAAAUACUUAGCUGUAUAUUUGUUAAUAAGAAUUAUUAUAUUAUUGUUUUAUUAAUAAUUAUAAUCACACUUUACUUGGACUUUUCAGGCUUGAAUCACCUGAUUGUCCGAAAAAGUAAGAUGAUUCCGUGCUUGGGAGGGCACGUUAAGCCGUUGGUCCCGGCUAUUAGCCGUAAAAACACCUCCACCAACCCGCAUUGGAGCAGCGUGGUGGCGUGGGAGUAUGCUCCAUACCCUCUCCGGUUGAUUGAGGGGAGGCCUGUGUCCAGCAGUGGGACGUAUAUAGGCAGUUUAUGUUAUGUUAUGUAAUAAUUAUAAUAUAUUUUAUUACUUAUGGCAUGGAAUAAUGAAAUACUACGUAUAAAACGGUAAUUCUUCGCCCCGCACCAUUUCUGGGUCUUUACAACACCUCGUUUUACACAGACACUAUACAUUCUUCUUAUCGUGUGGGUUGUGAGGUGGAAUACCAACCUCAUCAACCCUGGUUUCAGGGUUAUUACUGAGCCGCCAAAGGCCCCUGACAUGACUCAUGUCAUCCUUCAUUAUGAAAUUGAUUGUUUCUCAGUAAGCGAAUCAAAUAUAUUAUUUUGAGAAAUAAAGUAUCUUAACACUCAAGGUGUUAUAUUACAUAUUAUGAACCAUCAAUGACCCUUGAUCUCUGUCCAUGAAAGGGUUAAACCUUAAAACCUUAUGUAACGACUACAUACUUUUACAUUUUGACGUUAUCGUACACGUGCAUAUGCGUGUGUGACGUCUUACGCCCAUACGGUUGAAGACUAAAGUAAGACCGAGGGGUGAGGUACACCUAUCUCAGCCGCUGGUGGGGAGCGGAGAGUUGCCGUUCUAUAUGUAGUAUCACUCCUUAUUCUAUGAUUUUGGCUAAAGAGUUAGCACGUCGCACAACAGCGCGCGACGUUGCCAGCUGAAGCGCAUGUCGAGCGGAUUGUUGUUUGUUUUGAGAGCAUCGUUAGUUGAGCAACAAUUGUCGAGUGGAGACAAAACGCGCAACAACACUAGCUCCUCUGGCGUUAUGUUGUUGACGGACGUGUAGUAGAUGUGUAGACAGACAACUUUGUUGAACAAAAGUUCAGCGCUAACUGUCAACAUGUUGUGCGCGGCUUAUGUAAACAUCUGCAUCUGUCCAUAUAACUUGCCUGUAAAGUAUUUGUUAUGACAUGACUAUUAUAUUGAAAGAAUUAUAUUUUUGUAACGGA